AUGACCGCGCUGGGCUCACUGCUCGGUCUCCUCCUAUGGGUGUCCAUAGCAUGCAGGGGAGUUCGGGGGUUCUACUUCAACGUCGAAAAUGAGUUAAUCUCAAAGGACACGAACAUGAAACAAUGUUACCUCGAGCACUUUGUUAAUUUCAAAGGAGAGGUUGUGCAGGUGUGCCUGGACAAGGUACCAUACAGCGUGGUGAAUAAGUACAACAUCGUGAUUAGCUCCUAUGGGGAAGACAAGAAAUGGAAAAUGCAAAGCAAAGCCAUCAACAGCUAUACUACAAAGUUGCUGAGAUAUUUUUACAGCUUUACAACUGACGAACAGCUAGUUGUGGUCUUUUGCUUUAAUAAGAGUCUGUCUAAUCCCCCUUAUGAAUGCUUUAGAAGUAUCACUGAUGAUUUAAAAACGUUACAAACAGAUAAGAUACAAAUCGAUUUACGUAUGUUUGAGCCUUCUUCCUUCAAUGAUUAUGCGCUGCCCUCUUUUGACCUGUUCGGCGUGGGUCACUUGCUCAUUUGCGGGAUCAACAACAAGCGCAACGCGAAGCCGAACGUGGGACUGUUGGUGAUUUGCCACGCGAGCACUGAUGGGGGGUUCACCUGGGGGAAAAAGCUUCAUUUUUACCACCCGAACAUGGACAAGCACACGACGUACGAAAGCCUGGUGCCGAAGAUCAGCGGAAAUGAAAUCGGCUUCCAGUACUUGGCGUCUAAGGUAUCUCUGACCAAGUACUUCAAGUGUUCAUACAAAAAGGACCACGACUUUGAGUGCCAAGACGUUAACCUGGUAAGAGAGCAGAGUUACAUAUGGGACAUCGCGAAGGUGAGGGGUUACUAUGUGUCUCCUGUAUCUGAUGGCAAGGCUCCCCCAUGCACUCUGUACUAUAUGUAUAACAACACGUACCUGAUGCCGCUAGAGGUGCCAAAGAGUAUUGGGGCAGAAUACCACAGAGGGAAAUUGUUUCAGCUGGACAGCCAAAGGUUAAUUUACAACUAUGCUAAUGAGAAGGAAACUUACACAUAUAUUUUAUCACACAAGGGAACGGUAAAGUAUUGUACGCUUAUGUAUAUAAAGAGGGAUUAUAUGAAUGCAGGAUUUGUGAAGCGAGGCAAUAACUACUACUGCGACGUGAACUACGAGGAUUUAACAAUUGAAGGACAGGACAGAUUCUUCACAGUGAGUAUAUACAAUGGGGUUAGGCAAGACAUAAGAAAAUGCUUUUACUUGAAAUAUGACAAUAUGUUAGAGCCUGUAAAUAUAGUACAUAAAAUUGAAAGCGUGUAUGAGUACAGCAAUUUUAAGCUAUAUACCUUGUAUAUAAAAAAAGACCUCGAGAAAUAUUUUUUUAAAGAUAUGAAAUUGGACUGCUACUUAGGAGAAGACUUUUACCUGUCCCUUCAUAUAAACUUUAAACGUAAUUUCAUAUUAGACAAUACAGAUGUGAAUCAAUCUGUGGUAAAUUUGUACCCUAAUAAUAUUAUAUACUUUAAACUACCAGAUGCGAAAUCUCAUAUGAAACUCAAUACAGUUUCCUUCCCUCCUAACACAAGAUAUAUUAAGGUCGAUGAUUAUUAUUAUAUCUUUAAGCUUCCUUCUUUUAUUUCCUCACAAUCGACUACACAUAUGCUUUUCUUAAGUAAGAAUGGUUCACAGAAAACGCAGAAUAAAAAUGUCACAUUUCAUGCAGGGGGUGUAGAGGAACACAUUUUAGGUGUCGACUUUUCCAGGACAGAUAAAAUUUGUGCUUAUGGGGGAGUUGAAAAUAAUUGUGAUAAGGUAGAAGUGAAGGGGAACAAAGUCAGCGUCACAGUUAACAUGGGAGUGGAGACGGAAACAGGUCAACAAAUCACCCUUGGUCUCAUUUGUCCAGUUAACAAGAAGAACAAAAAUACCUGCUUCAAUGAAAUAUACGAUAAAAAGAAAAAGGUCUUCAUUAGGGAUCACCUCAAGGACAGCAAGGGAUUCCUCACCAUAUACCCAAAGACUUAUGUACACAUGUCUUCCUCAGGAGGGGAAGUCUUCGAGGAGUCCCUUCUCGUCUUGACCCCUCAGUUCGUCGACCUUUAUAACGCCAACCGGGCCAAGUAUAACAACUCCUUCCACUGCAAGUGCUACGCGAAUAAUCGGGCGUAUGAGGUCACCUUCAGCUUUGCAUAG